CUCCACCUUGGGCCAUGGCAGAAAACUCGGACAAAGUUCCUAUCACCAUGGUAGGGCCCGACGACACCGAGUUUUGCAGUCCCCCGGCGUACGCCACCGUGACCGUGAAGCCCUCCGGCCCUACACGGCUGCUCAAGGUCGGAGCCGUGGUCCUCAUUUCUGGCGCCGUGCUGCUGCUCUUCGGGGCCAUCGGGGCCUUCUACUUCUGGAAGGGGAACGACCAUCACAUUUACAAUGUCCAUUACACCAUGAGUAUCAACGGGAAAUUACAAGAUGGCUCAAUGGAAAUAGAUGCUGCGAAUAACUUGGAGACCUUUAAAAUGGGAAGCGGGGCUGAAGAAGCGAUUGAAGUGAAUGAUUUCCAGAACGGUAUCACCGGGAUCCGAUUUGCUGGAGGAGAGAAGUGCUACAUCAAAGCACAGGUGAAGGCUCGCGUCCCUGAGGUGGGCACUGUGACCAAGCAGAGCAUCUCCGAACUGGAAGGCAAGAUCAUGCCAGUCAAAUACGAAGAAAACUCUCUCAUCUGGGUGGCCAUGGACCAGCCCGUGAAGGACGACAGCUUCUUGAGUUCUAAAAUCCUUGAACUCUGUGGCAACCUGCCUAUUUUCUGGCUUAAACCUAUGUACCCAAAAGAAACCCAGAGAGAGAGAAGAGAAGUAGUGAGAAACAUUCUUUCUACCACGAGGAGACCACAGAGUGAAUCUCGAGGCAACCCAGGCCCUAGAAGACAGAAUAAUGAGACCAGGCCCAGUGUUCAGGACGACGCAGAACCUUUCAACCCGGACAACCCUUACCACCAGCAGGAAGGAGAAAGCAUGACAUUCGACCCUAGACUGGACCAUGAAGGCAUCUGCUGUAUAGAGUGCAGGCGGAGCUACACCCACUGCCAGAAGAUCUGCGAGCCACUGGGAGGCUACUAUCCAUGGCCUUACAAUUACCAAGGAUGCCGUUCAGCCUGCAGAGUUGUCAUGCCAUGUAGCUGGUGGGUUGCCCGCAUCUUGGGCAUGGUGUAAAACCAUUUCAUCUACCAGGUACUGUCAAUCAUGAAUUAACUUUAGAGUUGACAACCAAAGAAGUGUAAAGCAUGUUCAGGCCAAGGGACCACAAAGUAUUUUAUAUCAACCUGAAUGAUGCUAUCGCAAGUGCUGCAACAGAACCUCUCUACUGUGUGUGCAAAUGUACUGAGAGGGUAGUUUAAAUCUACAAUUAUUAUCCCGUUACUCUUUGCUUUGCUGAUAAAGCCCACUGCAAGUCUUUAAGAGCUACUUUUGAAAUAAACAUAAAAAGUUAUUUACAA